UCCCUGCCUCCUGCCGAGGGGACGGGCCCCAGGUGACGGCGGCGGGCGGGCGGGGACAAGGACAAGGGACAGGGACAUGGCCGGGGGCCGGGCGGGCCCUCCCGGUGCCGCUGACGUGCGAGGCACCGCCCGGCCUAGGGGCGGCUCCGGCUCCGGUGGCUGUGCAGGGGGAGACACGGACAGACGGACGGAGGGACUGGCAGACAGACGGACGGAGGGACGGACAGACCGACAGACCGGCAGACAGACCCAGGAUCAAUUUUUACUGUAAUACAAGACAUUGAAGAUGACACCAAAACAUGAAAAACAAGAAUUUGUUACUGUCUUGGUGCGAGACCCCAGGACACAGAAAGAAGACUCAUGGCAUUCUUACAUCGACUACGAGAUAUUUAUUCAUACAAACAGUAUGUGCUUUACAAGGAAAACAUCCUGUGUUAGACGACGCUUUCGAGAAUUUGUUUGGCUUCGGCAGAGGCUUCAGAGCAAUGCUGUGCUCAUACAGUUACCCGAACUGCCAUCUAAAACUCCUUUUUUCAAUAUGAACAAUCCGCAUCACGUGGACCAUCGUCGGCAGGGUCUGCAAGAAUUCCUGGAAAAGAUUCUACAGAAUGCAUUAUUGCUUUCAGACAGUAGGCUUCACCUCUUCCUACAGACUCAGCUAAGCCCAGAAGAUAUGGAAGCUUGUGUAUCUGGACAGACCAAAUAUUCUGUCGCUGAUGCGAUUCAUAAGUUUGCCUCUUUGAACAGACGUUUUCCUAUAGAAGAUGAAGAGAGAAAAAAAGGAAAAAACGAUGCAGACUCUGAUUCGGAGAGUUCAUCCUCCGGGCUUGGACCUAGUGAUGACAGCAUUUCUUGUGGAUGUAAAGCAAGCCCAGCUUCUGAAGAAUCAUGAAAAAUCAUUUCUGUAUUCCUAUCCCAAGGACAGCACAGAGUAGUUUCUGAUAUAUUUCCUAGUUACGUAUACCAUGUAAACGCAACUUGCUAGUAACAUGUACCUAAAGGACUUGUUGUCAAUACAACCACAUGUCCUUACGGAAUUUUCCAAACAGACCUUGAUGUUAUGCCUUUGAUUUAUUAUGUGCGUCGAUUCAGGUCUGCGUGUUACCUAUUACAUUUAGUUUUCUGUAACUGUUAAAAUCUCAAUAUUGGGUCAGUCAUGUUCCAUUGACUGGCAUAGCUGUGAAAAUAUUUCUCGUAGUGAGUACAUGUCUUAGAUCUGGAGAAAUAAAGAUAACUUAAUUGCUCAGAUUGAAAGUUGGUCAUACCAAAUAUAUUCAAAGCAUCUUUUUGUAAUUUGCAACAGAGAAGUUUCAUCUUUAGAAGUCAUUUGACAUUGGUGAUGAAAUUACAUACCCCACAAGGUAUUAACUUUUUCAAGUAGCUCAGCAACAUCGGCAAAACAACAUUUGUACAAACUAUAUGCUGCUGACAAUUUGAGAUAUAAAUAUAUCUUCCUCUGGUCCUUCUGUAAUGUUUAUGGAAAGCCUAGUUUUAUCGCGUAUGAGAACUGAAGGCCAAAAUUCUUGAGUACGGUUGCUUAGAAGUUGGAAAUGUUAAUAAAAAUGACAUCAUUUCUGGGGUUGCUGAAGAUUCUCAUUUCCCAGGGAAAUUAUGGAUACUCAUUCCCAGUGAAAAAUCUUGGAUGAAGUCCUUUAAGACUAGCGGCUGAAUUUUCCACUGGCUGCACGAGGGCCAGGAUUCCGCCCGACGUGUUUUAGCUUCAGGCACCUCCAUGAAGAUGUCAGGAGGGAUGUUUUAGUCCGGCAGCUCAAAGGGAGGGUAUCUGCCACCCCGAGAUGAUGAUCAUCACGCAGGGGUAACGUGCUGCACAAACGUGGGCCUCCAGUCCUUGGGAAUAACUGGAGCUGCUGCUUUCGCUGUCGCUAUAGUCAGCACGUUGCCAUAAUGACUUUUUUUUUUGUCCCCCCACAAACAAAAGGCAGGCUCCAGCACAAGGUUGUAACCACCAGCGCUUAUUUUGAUUAAACGUCAGUUUCGUUCUUUAUUGUUAACAGCAGCUGCGCAGUGUCUUGUCCCAGGCUCUGUCAAAGGAGUAUGUUUCGCCGUGGUGUUGUAUUUAUAUUUGACAUUUAACUGCUAUUAAAAAGAGCUCGGGGGUCCGGUCGCCCCAGCGCAGCGCCCGUAUACUGCAGCACCCGGCCUAAAAAUGGAAGGACGUGUGUUUUUAAGAAAGACGUACGUUUGUAAGAAAUCCGGGGGUGCUUUCAGAGAAGGAGCGUUUUAAGCCCAUGAAUUACAGAAACAAUAGAUUAAUAAAUGGCCACCCAAUGAAGGGCAGCAUAGGCAUGUGUGGGCAUGGUUUUUUUAAAGCAUCCAGCUGGGAAUUUGUGUAAUUUUAGAAACAUGUUUUAAUAGCCUGAGGAUAACAUCUCUUAGGUAACUGCUUUAAGCCACUGUUUUCUGUUGAUGGUAGCACUUUCAUAAGAUAGAUACCCCUGUUUCUUUUUGCUUAGUCUUAUUGAAUUGCACAAAUGUAUCAAUUCACCAUCUCAGCUUGUGUGCGAGUUAGCAGCAAAGCUAUUUUAAUGCAAAAGUGAUAACAUUUAAUUAAAGCAACAAGUUAUCACUAGAAGUAGCUUAAAAAUUGCUAUUACUGCCACACGGAGAUGGCUUGAUUGCUCUUUUUUUUUUUUUUUUUUUUUUAAGGUGGUAAGUUACUAGAAAAAAAUCAUUUAGAAAAUUUAUUUAAAAGAUGCGGAAAAUGUAAAAACCAAAACCUGGAAUUGUAUCUGAGGAAUAUAUUAAUGCUUUUAUUUAACUCAGUACUUGGGUAGCGUUUUUUUAUUAUUUUUAUUUUUUAUUAUUAUUUUGUUUUAAAAGAUUGAACUAAGCGAUGCACUUUACAAUUCUGCCCUGCUACCACGUCCUCAGUGUCUGACACACAUUGCAGAAUCCCAAGGGCUGGCCAGCCUUUGUGGCUAUUUUUUUGCCAUUCGAGGAGCUGAUCUGUGUUUGUGUUCUGGCACGUGUUUUCCAAAUAGAGAUGUUUCUGAAAUAAAUAUUUGUUUUCUAAUAGCUCUGUUGUUAUUCUGUUAUUUCCUUUGUCACCGUUCAAAAACGAGAGUACUGUAGCAGAACUUUCUUCCUGCCUUUGACAUAAAUUUGUUUAAAUAUUUAUCUUUUGGAUGUUGUUUGUAUAGCUAGUAGUACUGGAAGUUUUCCUUUUAAAGGGGAAGGAAAAGCAUUCUAUGUUCUGGUAUUUCUUUUUGCAUCAGCUGCAUGUAUGGGCAUGUAAAUGCUUCAGGACAUCUUAAUUGGGAACAUUUGAAUGCAUUAUAAAUUUAUACUUAAAUAUAAAACAUUCAGUGAGUGAUGCGGUGAUUUUUCAACACUAUCAUGUGCUUUGAUUUUCGAAAAACACCAGUGGUAUUUUGAUUCUUCUUUCUUAGUUGGGAAUAAUGCUAUUUCCUGCUAGUAUUUCACACAGGCUAAGCUCUGGUUUGCUAGUUUCAUCUCAUUGCUGUUGCCAAUUUCACCUAAUGGCAAUAAUGCUGUACUCAAGUAAUUGCACUCAAACGCUGCGCUUUAUCUCGUGCAUAGAUGUUAUAUUCUCAUUUUAUGUGAUAAUUUCUUGAAAGUUUUAAUUAAUUAAAUCAUGUUACCAUUUUUAUCCUGUGUUUAAACCU